CAAGAGCCCUCUCUUUUCAGCCAAUGAUUCACAAAAACCUCGCCUGCUGCCUGCGUGGCGCGGCAACAUCGACACGAUCAAUGCCCUGGUGAUUUUAUUGGGGCAAAAUGCCACGAGAAUUGAGAUUGGAUUAUGGCGGCAAUUCUUUUCGGUGGUUUGACACCGACGAGAUGUUGAAAGUCCACGGGAGCUCACGUCUUCCAGACUUUCUGGCCCAGAAUAUCGAACAGCAUUUUAAGGUCCCAGUACAGUUUCAAGUUCUGUGUGAUCUGCAAGGUCCUUUGAGCAGCCAAGAUUUCCAGCGGGUGCUGUCAGGAGAUGAGUCGCCAAGACUUUGGCUCUUCGAUGCCAGGUACAUGGGGGACGAUCUCCGCAAGCAGUUCGAGCGGCGUCAGAAAGCCGACGCCCAGCGCACCGCGGCGUCGCCUGCGUCGUCCACGGAGCCGCUGGCGCGGACGUGGACGAGUCCCGUCGAGCGGUCGGUGGAUUCGGACGUCCUGGCUUUGGGCGUGGCCAAGUUGUCCCAGACCUUGGAGCGCCGGGAGCAGCAGGUGGCUCAGAUGUUGCACCACCAUGCAGAGGAAAUUCAGGAGUUACAGCGCGAGCUGACUGCAUCACGGCCAGCCAGGCCGCCUGACGCCAGUGCUUUGUUUGCUGAGAAGGUGAACCAGCUUUCUCGGGUGCCUUGCGGCGACGGCCAUGGCGGCAACGGCGAUGCGGAAGAUGCUGUUUCUUUCUUUGAUUCCAUGGAGCCACACGACAAGCUCAUCAGGGAUAUGGACGCCCAGCACGGAUGGGUGCGGGGGAAGUCUCAGGAUUCAGAGGAUGCGGAGACCUCCAUUCAACUUCUGGAAGCUGAAGAAGCCAUGCUCUUGCAAUCCGUGCAGCAGGCUUUGGCCAAGAUCACUUCGGAUACGCCCAGCACCACAUGGCGCAGCCAGCCCGACUUGCAGG